AUGGCAUGGGUUCGUGAAGUAUGUAAAAGAAUUGGAAUGGUGUUAAUGAUUGGGGGUUCGAGUGACGGGGAUAGAGGACGUAGGACACCGUAUGUGAUUGUUCGUUGUGAGCGUGGGGGCCAUUAUGUUGGCAAGAAGGUACCAGGUGAAGAUGAUCAAAGACCGGGAAAAAGGAGCACCGGUUCAAAGAAUUGCAAUUGUCCGUUUAAAUUGAAGGGGACAAGAGAACACAAGGAUGAUGAAAAGGCUGAGUGGAAAUUGGAUGUUAGUUGUGGUAUUCACAACCACAACUUAUUCGAAAACUUGCACGGACACUCUUAUGCCGGAAGAUUAUCAAAGGAGGAUGUUUCCUUUGUUCACACUAUGAAGAAAGCAAUGGUGAAACCAAGGGCAAUUCUAAGAGCAUUGAAGCAAAAGGACCCGUCUAAUGUAACUGGUAUGAAGACAGUUUACAAAUCCAUAUAA